CCAAUCUAUCUCUCAACCCACACUCCCUCCGCAACAACCCCAUCCGUCCACCGUAUCGACCCCGUAUACCACCACACUAUCACCCAACAGCGCACGUCCUGCUAAAAGCCAUCUAUCGUUGUUCACCGCGUGCCUACCUACCAAUGGCUGCCGACUUCAGUGAAGGACGCCUGGAGACGUUUGUCGGCAAACCACAGAAAGAGCUGCCAGGCACCAAAGAUGCGCACCAGGCUAACGCAACCACCACACAUGCACAGUCCGACUACCAGUCUUUCCAGCGUCCGUCUUUCUCUGUGCGUCGCCGAUUUACAGACUUCGUCUUCCUCUGGAAACAGUUGAUCAAGGAGUACCCACAAUGCGCCGUGCCGCCGCUGCCGGACAAGCACAAGAUGGAAUACGUACGGGGAGACCGGUUCGGGCCCGACUUCACCCAGCGACGCGCGCACUCACUGCACCGCUUCCUCAAGCGCAUGACUCUGCACCCCGUGCUGCGACGGGCCGCGCUGCUCAUCAGCUUCCUCGAAAGUGCCGACUGGAAUCAACACAUGAGGGGCCGUUCGUCAAGAUCGACGAGUGCAUCAGACCAGACAGCCGGCAGCGGCGGCUUUGUAGACGUCAUCACAGAGAGCCUCGUCAACACCUUCAGCAAAGUCCACAAGCCGGAUAGGCGCUUCAUCGAGGUCAACGAGCGCGCCAACAAACUCACCGAGGAUCUGUCCAAUGUUGAAAAGGUGGUGGCCCGUGUGGCGCGACGACAAGGCGAUUUGGAGCAGGACUACAGCGACCUAGCAACGCAAUGUCAGAAGCUGAUUACGCUGGAGCCGGGUGUCGAAGGCCCUCUCACAUCGUUUGCGUCCUCGGUCGCAACUACAGCACAAGGCUUCAAAACCCUGCGCGAUAAUACGGACCAAAACUACCUCACGAGUCUCCGCGACAUGGACGCCUUUGUGACGGCGCUCAAGACCCUCCUGCGCACUCGCGAAGUCAAACAGCUCGACUUCGAGGCCCUGACCGACUAUCUUGCCAAAUCUGCCGCAGACCGCGACUCGCUCGCAUCGCAACACGGCGCGGGCAUCGGCGCCUCGGGCUUCCUACGCAGCAAGGUCGAGGACUUCCGCGGCAUAGACCACGAACAGGCUCGCCGCCAGCGUGUACGCAAACUCGAAGUCGAAAUCGAGCGGCUCACCGGCGAAGUCGAGGGCGCCAAGAAGGCUACCGAGGCGUUUGACGAGCACACAGUCAAGGAGGUUGCAGACUUUGAGCGCAUCAAAGCCGCCGAGUUCAAGGACACGCUGGGAGAGCUUGCCGACGCGCAUGUCGAGUUCUUCCAGGGCACCGUUGAGACGUGGGAGAAGUUCCUCGAGGACAUGCAGAGACAGGAGGAGGAGAGGCGGAAGGCUUUGGCGAGUAGCAGCGCGGGUGCUGCUGGGGAUGGUGCUGGGGACGACCGUACGGCGCAUGAGGCGACGGCGGCGGCGGGUUCCUCGUAG